AUGGUGGUGGAAAGGGUCUUCGAAGAUGGAGCAGAGGAGGGAGAAAACACGAUAGGGAUGGAGAAGAUGGGGGUUAUUCAAUUUAGGUCAUGUAAUACCACAAACCAUAUCCAUCAAGCUCAAGCUCUGGUAACCACCCAUGGGUUUGAGCACAAUCGGCAUAUCACUCCAAGCCUCGUGUCUGCGUGCGCUGAGAUAAAAAACAUUGCUCAUGCACGCCGGGUGUUCGACCAAAUUUCUGACCCAAAUACUGCGCCAUGGAAUGCCAUGUUCAAAGGGUACAUCGGAAACGAGAUGUACCUGGAUGUACUGAUUUUGUUUCGGCGCAUGAUAAACAUAAAUGUGAAGCCUAAUUACUUUACGAUCCCAAUUGUCCUGAAAUCUUGCGCAAAGCUAUCGGCUUUGAAAGAUGGAGAAAGAUUGCAUUGCUUUGUGGUGAAGGUUGGUUUUAAGUCGAAUCCAUUUGUCGGGACAACUUUGAUUGAUAUGUAUUGUAGUGGGGGCAUAAUUUCUUCCGCUUAUAAGGUUUUUAACGAGAUUAGUUUAAGAAAUGUAGUCACAUGGACAUCAAUGAUUCGAGGGUAUAUUUCAUCUGGGGAUAUCAAUUCUGCAAGACAACUGUUCAAUCUGGCGCCUGAACGCGAUAUUGUAAUGUGGAACACCAUGGUUUCUGGUUAUAUAGUAUCUUGUAAUAUGAACGCAGCCAGGGAACUAUUCGAUGUCAUUCCAAAUCGAGAUCUAAUGUCAUGGAAUACUUUACUAAAUGGGUAUGCAAAUAAUGGAGAUAUGAAGGGAUGCAAGAACCUGUUCGAUGAAAUGCCUGAGAGAAAUUUCUUUUCCUGGAAUGCAUUAAUUGGUGGAUACGCUCACAAUAGUCAGUUCAUGGAAGUUCUUGACACCUUCAAAACAAUGUUAAAUGAAUCCAAUGUUCAACCUAAUGAUGCAACACUAGCAAUUGUUCUAUCUGCUUGCUCAAAGCUAGGAGCUCUUGAAUUGGGAAAAUGGGUACAUGUUUAUGCACAAAACAACGGGUAUAAAGAUAACACUUACAUUGCAAAUAGUUUGAUUGACAUGUAUGCAAAAUGUGGUGUGAUAACAAAUGCGAUUGAUGUGUUUAGAUCAAUGAGUAAGAAAGAUGUGAUUUCAUGGAAUAGUGUUAUAAAUGCAUUAGCCAUGCAUGGCCAUGGAUCAAUAGCCUUGAAAAUUUUCCAUGAAAUGAAAAUCUCCAAACAAAAACCAGAUGGAAUAACAUUCAUAGGUGUCAUAUGUGCUUGUUCUCAUAUGGGAUUAGUUAAAGAUGGAUUUAAUCACUUUAACUCCAUGAUAAAUGACUACUUAAUUGUCCCACAAAUGGAACAUUAUGGUUGUAUGGUUGAUUUACUAGCUCGAGCUGGUUUAAUUGACGAAGCAAUGGAGUUUAUUACAAAAAUGCCAUUGAAACCAGAUAAUGUGAUUUGGACUAACUUAUUAAGCGCGUCUAGAAUUUAUAAAAAAAUUGAUGUAGCCGAGUUGUGUCUUGAAAGGCUUAUUGAGAUUGAACCAGAUAACCCGUCUAAUUAUGUGAUGUUAUCGAAUAUAUAUGGAGAUGUUAAAAGAUGGGAUGAUUUGGCUAAGUCAAAAGUUGCAAUGAGAAACACUGGGGUUAAAAAGUUGCCGGGGUGUAGUUUGAUUGAGGUUGAUGAUGGAGUUGUUGAGUUUUAUGCUUUUGAUGAGAGGCAUUUGAAGAGAGAAGAGAUAUAUAGUGCAUUGAGAGGGUUGAUGAGACUCUCAAAAGUGGAACAAGUUAUGGAGUAUGAAGUGGGAGAAAAUUGA